AUGGCUGAACUCAGGCAGAUUCCAGGGGGGCGGGAGACCCCACAAGGGGAGCUUCGGCCUGAGGUUGUAGAGGAUGAAGUCCCUCGGAGCCCAGUUGCAGAGGAGCCUGGAGGAGGCGGAAGCAACAGCAGUGAAGCCAAAUUGUCCCCAAGAGAAGAAGAACUGGAUCCUAGAAUACAGGAGGAGCUGGAGCAUCUGAACCAGGCCAGUGAGGAAAUCAACCAAGUGGAGCUGCAGCUGGAUGAGGCCAGAACCACCUACCGGAGGAUCCUGCAGGAGUCAGCAAGGAAGCUCAACACGCAGGGCUCCCACUUAGGGAGCUGCAUUGAGAAGGCCCGGCCCUACUAUGAAGCUCGGCGGCUGGCUAAGGAGGCCCAGCAGGAGACACAGAAGGCAGCUCUGCGGUAUGAGCGGGCUGUGAGCAUGCACAACGCUGCCCGGGAGAUGGUGUUUGUGGCUGAGCAGGGCGUCAUGGCUGACAAGAACCGGCUGGACCCCACAUGGCAGGAGAUGCUCAACCACGCCACCUGCAAGGUGAACGAGGCAGAGGAAGAGCGGCUUCGUGGUGAGCGGGAGCACCAGCGGGUGACGCGGCUGUGCCAGCAGGCCGAGGCUCGGGUUCAGGCCCUGCAGAAGACCCUCCGCCGUGCCAUUGGCAAGAGCCGGCCCUACUUUGAGCUCAAGGCCCAGUUCAGCCAGAUCCUGGAGGAGCACAAGGCCAAGGUGACGGAGCUGGAGCAGCAGGUGGCCCAGGCCAAGACCCGUUACUCAGUCGCCCUGCGCAACCUGGAGCAAAUCAGCGAGCAGAUUCAUGCGCGGCGCCGGGGCCAGCCUGCUCAUAGCCUGGGCCAGAGGCGCUCCUCUCCAGUGGGGGCGGAAGCUGGGCCUGAUGGUGGCGAGGAUGCGGACAGCGGGAUCAUUGAGGGGGCGGAGGGUGGAGGGCUGGAGGAAGGCGUCAGCCUGGGGCCUGGCCCUGCCCCAGACACCGACACGCUGAGCCUGCUGAGCCUGCGCACUGUGGCUUCGGACCUGCAGAAGUGCGAUUCCGUGGAGCACCUGCGGGGUCUCUCGGACCACACCAGUCUAGAUGGCCAGGAGCUGGGACCUCGGAGUGGGGGUCGUGGAGGUCGCCACCAGCGCAGUAUCAGCCUGUAA